CGGAAAAUCAGGAGGGAACUUAACGAUAACAUUCGAUGAUGCCAUUGGGUGUCUAAACAUAUAUAAAUGGAAGUAUAACGCAGAGAGCGGUAGUAGUUUUUGUCGAGUACAAUGAAGGCUGCUUUGUUGCUUGUUGCUGCACUGGUAGCAGUGGCGGAGGUCCACGGACAACCAGAAGCGUCGACCACCGCCAACAUCGGGAAUGAGAAUCUAAGCACCGGAAAUAUCACGGCUGAGAAUAGAUUUCUGGGAAGGUCGUCCUACACGGAAGAUGAUGAUACCAUUUGUGUCGCAGCAGACAACAGGUUCUACUUGUAUGCUAAUUCGUUGAAGCUGUAUUCUUGCUACAACCAACUACCGAAAGUUUACGUGGUGAAACCAAAGAGUCAGUGUAAACCAUACCUGUCAGAUUGUCCCAGGAACUAGGAGUAUUGCCAGUCCGUUGCCUCAGCUUGAAUCGUCUGCGAGGGAGUGAAGACAAAAAUGGCUGGCCUGCCCACUGAAGACAUCUGCUGUUUACAGAAGAGCCAAGAAACUGCAAGAGCGUCAGAUCUUUCUGAUUACUUCACGACAUGCAGUAAAUAUCAUUACUGUAAAGAUUAGUAUUAAAAACAUUGCAUUUGUAUUCUUUUUAUGUUUCUGUUGUUUCCCAAACAGUAGUAUGCCGACGCAAGAAAAAUGUAGUUUCAUGACGUCAACUGUUAUAUUAAACGAUAGAAGAUAUUUCUCUACCUACAGGUUCACGUAA